GCAGGCGGCGCGCUGCCAGGCUCGGCCUCGGCCUCGGCCUGCGCGGCGGCGGCGGCCUGGGCCCGGGUGCGGCGGUGGCGGUGGCCGUGGUGGCAGCGGGGCCUGGAGCCGGACCUAAGAUGGCAGCGGCGGCGGCGGCGGCUGUGGGGCCGGGUGCGGGGAGCGCGGGGGUGGCGGGCCCGGGCGGCGCGGGGCCCUGCGCGACAGUGUCGGUGUUCCCCGGCGCCCGCCUCCUCACUAUUGGCGACGCGAACGGCGAGAUCCAGCGGCACGCGGAGCAGCAGGCGCUGCGCCUCGAGGUGCGAGCUGGACCAGAUGCGGCGGGCAUCGCCCUCUACAGCCAUGAAGAUGUGUGCGUGUUCAAGUGCUCCGUGUCUCGAGAGACAGAGUGCAGCCGAGUGGGCAGGCAGUCCUUCAUCAUCACACUGGGCUGCAACAGUGUCCUCAUCCAGUUCGCCACACCCCAUGAUUUCUGUUCUUUCUACAACAUCUUGAAAACCUGCCGAGGCCACACACUGGAACGCUCUGUGUUCAGUGAGCGAACAGAGGAAUCCUCAGCUGUGCAGUACUUCCAGUUUUAUGGCUACUUGUCCCAGCAGCAGAACAUGAUGCAAGACUACGUGCGGACAGGCACUUACCAGCGCGCCAUUCUGCAGAACCACACCGACUUUAAGGACAAGAUUGUUCUCGACGUGGGCUGUGGCUCUGGGAUCCUGUCAUUUUUUGCUGCUCAAGCAGGAGCCAGGAAAAUUUAUGCAGUGGAGGCCAGCACCAUGGCUCAGCAUGCCGAGGUCCUGGUGAAGAGUAACAACCUGACAGACCGCAUUGUGGUCAUCCCUGGCAAGGUAGAAGAGGUCUCAUUGCCUGAGCAAGUGGACAUUAUCAUCUCAGAGCCCAUGGGCUACAUGCUCUUCAAUGAACGCAUGCUCGAGAGCUACCUCCAUGCCAAAAAGUACCUGAAGCCCAGCGGAAACAUGUUCCCCACCAUUGGUGACGUCCACCUCGCACCCUUCACCGAUGAACAGCUCUACAUGGAGCAGUUCACCAAAGCCAACUUCUGGUACCAGCCAUCCUUCCAUGGAGUAGAUCUGUCGGCCCUCCGCGGUGCUGCUGUGGAUGAAUACUUCCGGCAACCUGUGGUGGACACAUUUGACAUCCGGAUCCUGAUGGCCAAAUCUGUCAAGUACACAGUGAACUUCUUAGAAGCCAAAGAAGGAGAUUUGCACAGGAUAGAAAUCCCAUUCAAGUUCCACAUGCUGCAUUCAGGGCUGGUCCAUGGCUUGGCGUUCUGGUUUGAUGUUGCUUUUAUUGGCUCCAUAAUGACCGUGUGGCUAUCCACAGCCCCAACAGAGCCUCUGACCCACUGGUACCAGGUCCGGUGCCUCUUCCAGUCACCGUUAUUUGCCAAGGCUGGGGACACACUUUCAGGGACAUGUCUGCUUAUUGCCAACAAAAGACAGAGCUAUGACAUCAGUAUUGUGGCCCAGGUGGACCAGACAGGCUCCAAAUCCAGUAAUCUGCUGGACCUGAAGAACCCCUUUUUCAGGUACACGGGCACGACUCCAUCCCCUCCACCUGGCUCACACUACACAUCUCCCUCCGAGAAUAUGUGGAACACAGGAAGCACCUACAAUCUCAGCAGCGGGGUGGCUGUGGCUGGAAUGCCUACUGCCUAUGACCUGAGCAGUGUUAUUGCUGGCGGUUCUAGUGUGGGUCACAACAACCUGAUUCCCUUAGCCAACACAGGGAUUGUCAAUCACACCCACUCCCGGAUGGGCUCCAUAAUGAGCACGGGCAUUGUCCAAGGUAACAGGGUAGCGGGGCCGUGGGCGGGGGGCCUCCCGCCUGGCCUGCGCACACGCUCAAGCUACCAGUGGGGGCCAGGCAGGCUGAGGGGUCAUGCUGGCUCCUCAGUGCCCAUGACCUGCCCCACAGGCUCCUCAGGUGCCCAAGGAGGCAGCGGUGGCUCCAGUGCCCACUAUGCGGUCAACAACCAGUUCACCAUGGGUGGCCCUGCCAUCUCCAUGGCCUCACCCAUGUCCAUCCCAACCAACACCAUGCACUACGGGAGCUAGGUGCCUCCAGCGGCAACGCCACUGCGCACUGACAGCGCCAGGAAACCAAAUGAUGCCCACACCCGGUGCAGCUGGUGGCUGUCCCCCUUGUUCUGGAGAAGCGUGAACACCCGGUCACAGCCCUCUUUGCUAUGGGAACUUGGACACUUUUGUACACGAUGUCGCCGCUGCCCUCAAGUACCCCCCAGCCCACCCUUUGGCCCUGAGCGCGUGUCGCUGCCAUAUUUUACAUGAGAUCCUGUCGGGGCAGCCCUCAUCCUGUCCUACCCUCUCCACUCUGACCUGGCUUUGACAUCUGCUGGAAGAGGCAAGCCCCCUCCCACCCCACCCUAUCUCUCAGCUGCGCCUGACCAGGCAGGAGGAGGCCAGCAGCUGCCACAGACCUGGCAGCACCCACACCCCAACCCGUCCUUGCACCUGCCCCUCACCUGGGGUGGCAGCACAGCCAGCUGGACCUCUCAACUACGAGGCCACAUGGUCACCAUGGGCGUGACAUGCUGCUUUUUUUAAUUUUAUUUUUUUACUAAAAGAACCAGUGUCAACCCACAGACCCUCUGAGAAACCCGGCUGGCCGGGCCCAGCCAGCAGCCCCUGUCCCUAGGCCCAGAGGUUCUAGGUGAGGGGUGGCCAUGUCAAGCCUUCAGGGCAGGCGUGACCCCCUCUCACCAAAGGGUUCACCUUACACUUGAAUGUACAAAACUCCCAGCUGUCCAAAGGCCUGUAGUCCCUGCUUCCUGCUACUGUCCUAUCCUGAGUCCUGAAGGUCCCCCUCCACCAAAAGCUAGAACAGGCAGCCCAGAGGAAAAGUUACCUAGGGCCGAUGGGCAGACAAAAAGCCUCAAGGAUCUGUCACAGGAGGAAGGAGGGCAUCCUCUCCCUGAUAGCUAAUACAGGCCUGUAUGUGCACUCCACAUUCAUGCUCUACUUCCUCUUCUCAAGACAGCAUCCCUGGAAGGGGGCCUAGCAGGGACCUCUCCCUCCAGACAGAAAAAGAAAGAAAGCAAACAAGGAAGGAAGGGCAGUUUUUCCCUUGCUCCUUGGCCCUAGAGUCCCCACCUCAGUGGCCAGAGCCCAGGCUGGGCCCAUGCCCACCAUAGGUACUCCUGGCAAUGGCUGGGCCUGCCCUGUGCCACCCCCUGCCCUGUAAGGGAAACAGGGUCCACAGGCAGGCUGGGAAACCGGGCUCUUCUGUCCAUCAGUGAUAUUUCCUGCUCAGCUGCCCCUCCCCACCUUUAUAUAAAUUCUCUGAAUCACCUUUGCAUAGAAAAUAAAAGUGUUUGCUUUGUAAGAAAA